AGGUCAUGCUUUUGGAGAUAUCAUAGCGUUUUGUGAAAAAAAAAUAGACAAAAUUAAACAUAAAAAAAAAUAAUUUUUAUUAUAUACUCGCACUUUUAAUAUUAUGAUAGUUUAACAUAAGAAAUUUUGUUCUUUAUUAGAUAAAAUUAUUUUAAAUUUUAUAAUUAUGAUUAUAUAAUCUUAUUAGAUGUAUUAAUAAUAUCGUUUUAUUUGAUAAAGCAUAGUUUUUCUAUAUUUUAUAAUGUAUUAUGAUAAUGUCUUACCAUCAUUAUACCUUUUAUUUCUUAUUAUUAAUACGUACACAUGUGAUAAACAUAUUUUAUUUAUUUAACGAGCGAGAUCCUUUUUGACAUAAUGUAUAUUAAAAUUUUAAAGUAAAUUAUAAACGUAAAUAAUCAA